AUGAAUGAAAGUAGCCACCCACCCCAAGCAACAGAUGCGCCAGACGGUAUCGUUUCACUGUUUACCCUGGACGGCACGGGGGGUGGCAGUCAGCUGCAUGAACUGCCGGCGCAGUUGCCACUGCCUUUCUGGUUGCACGUGCAGAGCGAUCAUGCCGCCUGUGCCAGAUUGCUGCGGACCCUGGGUGCCAGCCCAUUGCUGAGCCAGAGUAUGACAACGUCAGAGACCCGACCCAGGGUGCUGGUCGACACCAGCGGUGUGUUGAUUGUCCUGCGGGGCGUCAACAUGGGUAUCGAUGCUGAUCCUGAAGAUAUGGUUUCUCUGCGCAUCUGGUUAACCCCGGAAUUUGUGGUAACGGCCCGUAAAAGCGAGCGCCGCCUCCUGUCUGUGCAGGACGUUCAAGCCCAGGUUCAAGCCGGCACCGGCCCGCAAACGCCCCACGACCUUGUUGUGGCUCUGGUGACCCUGCUGGCGGAACGUAUAGGCAAUGUGGUGAAUGAAACUGAAGAAGCGCUGACAGAUAUAGAAGCAAACCUGGAACAGCUGGCCCCGAGUGAGGUGCGCCCAGCGUUGACGCAGCUGCGUCGGCGCGCUGCCCGUUUGAAACGCUAUCUCGCGCCGCAACGUGACGCUUUAGAAGGUCUGAAUCGUUUGCAGAACGUCCUGAAUGACGCGCAGUCACAGCAACUGCGAGAACAAUCGGAUCGAACCACGCGUUAUGUGGAGGAUCUUGAGCUGGCUCGUGAAUUGGCCAUUCUGCUGCAGGAAGAGCUGCGUAAUCGGGUUGCAGAACAGCAGAAUGCGCGCAUGUACGUGUUGUCGCUGGUUGCAGCGAUUUUUCUACCUCUGUCGUUCCUGACUGGCGUGUUUGGUAUGAAUGUCCUGGGUCUGCCCGGGGUGGAAAAUCCUCGAGGCUUUAUCUACGUGUCUGCAGGCAUGAUCCUGCUGGGUGUGGGGGUGGCCAUCUGGAUGUGGAGCUUUCUCAACACAGAGAUUCUAAGUAUUUCCGGGCAGGCUCUAACCGUAGGUCAGGUCCUCAUUUUGCCGUUGAUUGUCGUCCUUGGUCUGUUGAUCAUGAGUUGGGUUGCUGGAUUGAUCCGACGACGUAUGUCAGCAAAUCAGGUUAAUCCUGAUGUCAUCCAGCUGGUCAGUCGGGUGUUUUAUGUGGUGGCAAUCGCCAUUCUGGUGAUGACCAGUCUCGACCUGCUCAACGUUCCCCUUACAGCGUUUGCCUUUGUCUCUGGUGCUGUGGCGAUCGGGGUAGGUUUUGGUGCCCAGAACAUCAUCAACAAUUUCAUCAGCGGCUGGAUUCUGAUGUGGGAGCGACCCAUUAAGAUCAAUGAUUUUCUGGAAAUCGGCGAUACCCGCGGCCGGGUUGAAUCUAUCAAUACACGCUCCACCCGCAUCCGUCGUGUGGACGGCGUGCAUCUGCUGAUUCCGAACAGCUAUCUGUUGGAAAAUAUAGUGGUUAACUGGACGCUUGUGGAUCAGCUCGCGCGAACCCAGGUCCGGGUAGGCGUUGCCUACGGCUCACCGGUUAAGACAGUCAAGGCGCUCAUGGAACAGGCGGUGCAGGAGCAGGCGGCCGUUCUGGAAGAGCCCGCACCUCUGAUUGUGUUUGAAGACUUCGGUGACAAUGCAUUGAUUUUUGAUGCCUAUUUCUGGGUGCACGCAUCUGCAGAUAGAGACUUACGCGUUAUUCGCAGCGAUAUCCGCUUCCGUGUGGAUGAGUUGUUUGCUGAUAAUGAUGUUGUGAUCGCCUUUCCUCAGCGAGAUGUUCACCUCGAUGGCCAGAUUACCCUGCGCAAGGAUCCAUCUGUUGCGAUCGUGCAGGAGGGUGAACUGGUGUAUCCCGGUUAUCAGAUCAGGCAUCUGGAACCCUUUGCGCUGGAGGCCAGGAUACUGUCGCGCAAAGAUUAUCACUCAGGCCGCGAAGCCGACUUGUCGAAGACCGAUCUGGCGCUGGGUUGGGGUGAAAUGUCGGAACCGGAAGUCAUCGCUCAUUUUGACAUCAAGCAGCGCAAUCGCGCCUAUUUCUGGCGUACCGAAAAGUUACCGCUACCCCGUAGGAAUAUUGAAACCCAGAGUGCCAACAUGCACAUGAUCGCGGCGACGCCUGACGUUGCAGCCGCUCUGGCGCGCACGGCCGAGGGCGAUAUGGUUCGAUUUUCCGGCCAGUUAGUAGAGGUUCGAGCCCAGGACAGCAAUUGGCGCUGGCGCAGUUCCCUCACUCGAAAUGAUACCGGCCACGGUGCCUGCGAGGUGAUCUGGGUAGAGUCAUUUUCCCUGAUUUAG